UUACUUACAGGUUUCGAUGGGCAGUUCGUGAUGGCCUGGCUCCUGGAGCAAGGCACAGCGCCGGAGGUGAUCCCUAACGGGUCUAUGAUCAUGAGUGUAAGACACCCCAGUCUCAACAUUCGGGUCAUAGACUCGUUAAACUUUUUACCGAUGGCGUUGGCCAAACUACCGGGGUGCUUCGGUCUCAGCGAGUUAAAGAAAGGAUACUUCCCUCAUCUCUUUAACUCGAGGGAAAACCAGAGUUAUGUCGGACCGCUACCGGACCCCCACUAUUACAGCCCGGAUACCAUGAGCACUUCAGCCCGACAGGCAUUUCUGUCCUGGCAUGAGGAACACAAGGGGGAUGUGUUCAAUUUUCAAGACGAGAUGCUGGCCUAUUGCAGAUCGGACGUGGAUUUCUUCGCCGCUGUUGUCUGGAGUUUCGAGCCCAGUUUUCGGAUGUGGCGGGUGUGGAUCCAUUCCAAUACGUGACCAUUGCGUCAGCCUGUAUGGCAACGUAUCGGAGUGGCCACAUUCAGCCCAACACGAUUGCCAUGGUGCCCACACACGGCUACGUCAACUCAACGAAUUACAGCCCUGAUUCGAUCCGGUGGUUAGACUUUGUUGCUGCUUCGGAAGGCAUUGCCAUUCAACACGCUUUGAACGGAGCCGGAGAGCACAGAAUCGCCGGAGUCUCGGUAGACGGUUUCUGCCAAGCAACACAAACCGUCUAUCAGUUUCAGGGCUGUUUCUUCCACGGGUGUAGUUCCUGUUAUGACGGUGAUGUCAUUCAUCCACUAAAAGGGGUUUCCAUGACAACGUUGCGAGAGAAAACGGAAGAGACCACACGAAAGCUUCGCACCCAGGGUUUCCACGUCAUAGAAAUGUGGGAGCAUGAG